AUGUUGGUGGUGUUACUGAUCCUGCAUGCCGUCUCGUGUGCCCAUUCUCACGGGCCACCAGGUGCCGCCGUGCCUGGGAAACAGUGCCCAUCUGCGUGCCAGUGUGAGGAGGAUGGCAUCCUACUGCUCGUGGACUGCUCCGAACAAGGACUAUCCAGUGUGCCAACCGACCUAAGUCCUUUGACGUCUUACCUGGAUCUCAGUAUGAACAACAUCAGUGAGAUUCAGCCCAACGCUUUCCACAACCUGCACUUCCUCAGUGAACUGAGACUCUCGGGCAACCACCUGAGACACAUCCCUGGCCCCGUGCUCCAAGGCCUCUACAACCUCAAAGUCCUGAUGUUGCAGAAUAACCAGUUAGAGAGAUUGCCCAGUGAAGACCCUUGGGAAUUACCCAAUUUGCUCUCUCUGCGUCUGGAUGCCAACCUGAUUAUGGAGGUGCCAGCAAGGACCCUCUCGGGUAUGCGGUCCCUGCGACACUUGUGGCUUGAUGACAAUGCCCUGACAGAGAUCCCAGUAAGCGCCCUCAACGACCUCUCUUCGCUCCAGGCUAUGACCCUUGCCCUAAACCGCAUCACCCACAUCCCAGACUACGCCUUCAGGAACCUUUCCAACCUGGUUGUGCUGCAUCUUCAUAACAACAUGAUCCGGACCCUCGGACAGAACUGUUUUGAGGGACUGCACAGCCUCGAGACUCUGGAAUUGAACUUCAAUGACCUUCAAGAGUUCCCUGUGGCCAUUCGCACACUCGCCAAGCUUCAGGAACUGGGUUUCCACAACAACAACAUUAAGGCCAUUCCCGAGAGAGCGUUUGUGGGGAACCCACUUCUGCAGACCAUUCAUUUCUACGAGAAUCCCAUUCAGUUUGUUGGCAGAUCAGCAUUUCAGUUCUUGCCAAAGUUGCACACGCUCUCUUUGAACGGGGCCACUGAGAUCCGAGAGUUUCCAGAUUUGAAAGGAACCACCAGCCUGCAAGUUCUUACGCUGACCCGAGCUGGACUGACCGGCCUGCCAUAUGAUCUCUGCCACCUGCUGCCUAAAUUAAGAGUGCUGGAGCUGUCACACAAUGUCAUCGAAGAGCUGCCGAGUUUCUACCACUGUGCGUCUCUUCAGGAGAUAGGCCUGCAGCACAAUCUGAUCAAACAGAUUGAGAUGAACACAUUCCAACAGCUCAGCUCUCUGCGUUCACUAGAUCUAAGCUGGAACAGGAUCAACACCAUCCACACUGAUGCCUUUUCCUCUCUUCAGUCGCUUAUUAAACUAGAUCUCACUGGGAACCGAUUGAGCAGUCUCCCGCUCACUGGGCUAACAAGUCUCACUCAUCUUAAACUGAAAGGAAACAUGGCACUCUCGCGUUCCUUCAGAGAGGAAGAUCUCCCCAACAUAAGGGUCAUUGAGAUGCCAUAUGCCUAUCAGUGCUGUGUUUUUGGAGCCUGCAACAGCUACAAAGCAGCCACCCAGUGGGAAGAACAGAUGGGCAGUGAAGAGGAAGAUCUCCAGAAGAAAGCUCUGUCCCUGUUCCCCAUUCACACCGACAACAACUAUGACCUUGACUUAGAGGAAUUCCAGUUAGCUAUUGAAGAGUCCAAACUACAAACCAGCAUACAGUGUACCCCCAUCCCAGGUCCAUUUAAACCGUGCGAUAACCUGUUUGACAGUUGGGUGGUACGGCUUGGCAUGUGGCUCAUCUCUUUGGUCUCACUGAUGGGAAACAGCCUUCUCCUCAUGACAGUCUUUGCAUCACCCAGCUAUCUCUCCCCUGUUAAAUUCAUCAUUGGCACCAUCAGUGGCGCCAACCUGCUUACGGGCCUGUGCACCGGCACCCUGGCACUGGUUGACGCCAGGACAUUUGGAGAGUUCGCCCUGCACGGCGCUCAAUGGGAAAUGGGUGCAGGAUGCCAAACAACAGGCUUUCUUUCAGUUCUAGCCUCUGAGGGCUCCAUACUCUUCCUGACCUUGGCUGCAGUGCAGUGUAGCGUGUCUGUGUCAUGCGCUCGAGCCUACGGAAAGUCGCCCUCUCUGGGAAGCGUGCGAGCCGCCGCAGUGGCGUGCUUGGCACUUUCAUUGGCAGUUGCCGCUUUGCCGCUAAUUGGGGUCGGGGAGUACGGGGCAACUCCGCUCUGCAUGCCAUCACCACUGCCGGACGGCGAACCUUCCACCUUGGGUUUCAUGGUUGCUCUGAUAAUGAUGAACUCCCUGUGUUUCCUGGUGAUCACCGGAACUUACAUCAAACUGUACUGGGACCUGAUGAAGGGCGACUUCGACAGUAUUUGGGAUUGUGCCAUGAUCAAACACGUAGCCUGGCUCAUCUUCACCAACUGCCUGCUCUAUUGCCCCGUGGCCUUCCUCACCUUCUCCUCCCUUCUGGGACUCUUUCCUGUGAGCGAGGAAGUUGUCAAAUCAGUCGUCCUGGUGCUUCUGCCUCUUCCUGCAUGCAUCAAUCCCUUACUCUACCUUCUCUUCAAUCCGCACUUCCGUGAAGAUGCACGUCUGCUUUUGAGCAGAGCUCACCUCCAUCAUGACCGCAACCUGGAUUCCUUCGUCUCUGUUGACACGGAGAAAAGCUCAUAUGACUCCACUCAAGCCUUGGUGUCCUUUGCUGCUGAAGCAGAUGCAGCAUUCGAGAGUUCAUCAGCACCAAACCCAGAGACAGUCACCAGGUUUUCUUGCCCACCCUCAGUGCCUCUCAUCCCAUGCCAGAUCCAGAUGAAACCCUCAACAGAGAGGGAUAACGUCACAGAGAACCUGGUCAGGUCAACACCAGGACUCAUUGUCAAAGAGCAGGAGCACCUUAGGAGCAGUGGACUGGACACUCAUAAUGGAACCUCCUUCUCUGGAGUCUACCACUCCACGCAUCUCUCAACUCAUUCUUAAGUCUUCUCCUAAACUCUAAAGUUUUUAUGGACCCUUUGAGCAUGAGAAGUCAUGAGCCCACAUACAGUAUGAACUGACCCCUAAAACCUUCAGAGCUAAUGAACAAUGAACUGUAUUUUGGGACUAUAUAUAACCAUACUGUCCCAACUGCUACAUGGCAUUCUUAAAGGGAAAAAAGAAAAAAAAAAGGGAAAAAAAGCCUAAUCACAUUUAGUGGCAUAAUCUUGUGGGCCAUUUAGUAAUUUAAGCAACAAUCUUAAAAUGUUCAAAAAACAAAUCCACAUUUAUUUUUUGUAACUUGUUUGUGUAAUUAGGCUUAAAGGGGUGUUCUGGGUUUAAUAUCAUCUCCAUGCAUGGAAUAUUGAUGAUUUUCAACCGAAAAUAAUUUAUUUUUUGACUCAACCCUUUUUAAACAAGCAAAAAAAAAAAAAAAAAAAAAAUGCAUUAUGUACAUACGAUGUAAGUCUGCAUGAAAAUUCAAAUUCACAAUGUGUCUACAAAACACAAAGACAAAUCCAAUGGCAGAACUUAUGUUGGUAAUGCAUAACCAGAAAUUAAUCCACCUUCAACAGUGGUCUCACAUCUCAUGAGCACUACAUUUCAUUGUUUUGAACCUGGAACAUUCCUUUAAUUAGGAAAUAUCACAGGGAUGUUUGCUGAUGUUCAAGGAGUUAUGCAUCUAAAUAUUUCAAUGUGAAAAAAUGUCUCUACAAAAAGCUAAAUUCUUAUGUACACAAACUUUUAUGCAUUCAUUUCCAAGUGUGUAUAUAUCAAAGUCUCGUUAAUUAUUUGCAAGUCAUCACUUGCUUACUUGCCCUUAGAGAAUUAAAAAAAAAAUAAUAAUAAAUGUAUGGGAAGGUAAAUACCUAUGUAUAUUGUCAAAUAAUAUUUAGUGUCUUGAAAAACAACAACAACAAAAACAUCAUGCCAACAGGUGCUAAAACAUAUUGCCAUAAACAUACUCUCUGCAAGUACAUAGAAGGCUUGGUCAAUGCGCUGCAAGCUGUUCAUGCUGUAUAUGUUCAGCAUGCAAAACUUUGAAGGGUCACAGAGAUACCUUCAAGUGUUUGUGCCGUUAAUUCAGGUAGUUGGCUAUAAACAUGUUGACAGCAUAUUUUAACUAAUUAAUGACUGUUGCUCCACCAUGACAGAAGCAAAAAUUCACCAUAGGAGACAUUAUGCUAAUUCAUACCAUAAUCCACCUGACUAACUCUGAGAAUGCAAUACAUAUAAAAAAUUAAAACACACUAACGCAAAUUUAAAACAUGUUUUUGUAAUAAUAUGUAAUGCAACACAAUUCAAAAUUAAACACUGCAUUAAAUUCAAGCUCGUAUAGCUAGAAGCAUUUGAAUUCAUGUACUUGCAUAGCCUAUGUUUGAGCUUCACAAUAUCAGUUUUACACAAUGCCAGUCCAUAGGAUUAAGGUAGAGCAAAACAUGAAAUAUAUUGAACAUGUUGACGCUGUAAACUGAAGAUUAAAAAGAACUAUGAGUGAUUUGAUUAGGUUGUAAUAAAGCUUGGUCAGGAUCUUUUACAGAUUGUAAAGUAGGCUAGCUAUUGUAUUGUAAAAUAUAACUACCUCUGAUCUAGCAUGCUAUACCUUUUUAUCCUUAUUGAUUUUUAUUCUUUUUAUAUUAAAUGUAUAUUAAAAUGUAAUUUUUAUAUUGAAAUUUUAAGAUCUUUGUACAACAGACACUAUUCUGGAUGUAAAUAUUUUCAUAUUUCUGUAUACAUGUGAUAAAGAAUGAUUUAAUAAAGUUAUUAGUUUCAUAAAUGUAUGUCUUGAAGACUACUGAACAAUUCAGGGAGAUAUGAAUGUAAAAAUAUUCAAAGGUACUUCUACAUUUUCAUCAACAAU